AUGAAGCUGGACUGUGAGGAGGAGGAGGCAGUGGCGGCAGGAAGGACUCCUGUGCCAGCAACAUCUCUGAACAUCCUCAGCUGGGCCACGCUUCGCUCCCAGAGGUCUCUCUUUGAGAGGGGAAUCCUGCAGUACAAGUGGGCAUCCUUUACCUCCUGGAUGUUGAGUUUACAGAUUUUGGCUCUGAUUGCAUUCAUCUGCAUCGAGACCAUCAUGAAGUGUUCCCCAUGCGAAGGCCUCUACUUUUUUGAGUUCGUAAGCUGCAGUGCAUUUGUGGUGACUGGGGUCUUGCUGAUUCUCUUCAGUCUCAACCUUCACAUGAGGAUCCCCCAGAUCAACUGGAAUCUGACAGAUUUGGUCAACACUGGACUCAGCACUUUCUUUUUCUUUAUUGCCUCAAUUGUACUGGCUGCUUUAAACCACAGAGCCGGAGCAGAGAUUGCUGCUGUGAUAUUUGGCUUCUUGGCAACAGCAGCCUAUGCAGUGAGCACAUUCCUGGCCGUGCAGAAAUGGAGAGUCAGCCUUCGCCAGCAAAGCGCUAAUGACUACAUCCGAGCUCGCACUGAAUCCAGAGAUGUGGACAGUCGUCCUGAGAUCCAGCGCCUGGACACAUGAGAACCUUCUGGAGUCUCUUCCCACUGCCCUCACACCCAUUCUUCUAAUCAAGUUUUCUUUCUCUCAGCACGUCAGAUUUUUGUGUGAUCCAGUUGAAUUUUGUCCUGUUUGGUAAAAAUUCACUUUGGGAAAGGGUGCCUGGAGUGGCCUAGUGACUGAUUUGUGGUGGCCUGAAGAGCCCAGGUCCUCCAGCAUUGGGUGCCUGUGGGAGCAGCAGACUUCUUUGAUUGUUCUAGGUCUUAACUGUCUGUCUCAGAACACAUGGUCUCAUUUGACUCUGAGCCGACCAGUCAUGUGUAUUUGUGAUGAGUCAAAAUUUUAUGAAAUGGCAUUGAGAAGGGAGCUAAUGUCACAAGAUAGAGGUACAGGGCUGGAACUACCAGUGAGGUUCUUGGGCAGCCCCCUAUCGAGCUAUGGGUGGGUGUUGAGUCUGGCUGGUUAGAUCCAUCCUCAUUGUCUUCCAUGCCCAGGGCAUCUAGGCAGCCAGCAUGGGUAGGUCUUGGAGGGGCUUGGCGAAUGGAUGUGCUUCUGUGACCUCCUUGCCAGGUCUUUAUGUUGCAGGGACAGGGAAAUGUAGUGUCUUGUGGGACCACUGACUCACAGAACAGUGACCAUUUGUCUCCUACCCUGCUGAGAAAUCGCUUGAUUCUCCCACAAAUGAAUCACCUUCCUGUGGUCCAUAUUCACUCCCCGGGAUAAAGGAUCAUCAUCUUUGCCAGUCCCCUGCCUACCUUACAUAUUUUGAGGCUGAAUUGCAGUUUUGGCCCCUUUACCUUCUUAGGUGAAAGCUGCAGAAGAAACAGUCCUUCCACUAGCCAAGGCACUUGCUCACUUGCUGGCCUCAAGGAUCACGUGUGUGUGUGUGUGUGUGUGUGUGUGUGUGUGUGUGUGUGUGUGUGUGUGUGUGUGUGUGUG